CAAGUAGGAUUGGGAAAGUUGUUGUUAUUUAAGGGAGCCUUAACCUCUCUUUUCCUUACGAAAAUAACAAACCCUUUCUCCUAAAACCUCUUUUUCUCUCUAAAUUCUCUUCCCUUUCACGUCACUUUCCCUUCCCCAAAACCCUAGCCGCGCACGCCUUGUGCUCCGGCCGGACAUCGAAGCUGCUUCGCCGUAUCAAAUUGGUGCUUUCAUCUUCGUUCUCAUGGCUUCCUCCGACACCCCUUCAUCGGCGUUGACUCUCGAAGAUAUUAUGCAUGCUAUCACCGACAUCAGAAAAGAUCUACACGCUACUAAGGCGCGGGUAACCGAGCUCGCUGCCGCCAAACCCAACGAGACAGCAGUGCCCAACCGGCAGCCGUGCACAGGUUGGCGUCCACCACCCUCUCGUACCACGGCCGGCAACGCCGAUCCGGUGCCCCGUAUGCGAGUUGACGCCCCCCGUUUCAACGGCGACGACCCCACGGGCUGGAUCUUCCGUAUCCAGAAAUAUUUUGAUUAUUUUCUCACACCUGAGCCUGAACGGCUCCAGCUGGUCGCCAUGUUGAUUGACCACCCGGCAUCUGAUUGGUUUCACUACUAUCAGUCCAACACACACGGCGCAUCUUGGGCAGAUUUUUUGGUCGCCGUCCAGCAACGGUUCGAUCCAAACUACUAUGAGAAUUAUGUUGGCUUGCUGUCCAAGUUAACUCAGACAUCAUCAGUUUUGGACUACCAAACGACUUUUGAAUCCUUGCUUAAUAAGGUUUCUGGGGUUCCUGAGGCGACACUGAUUUCCAUGUUUGUGGCUGGCUUGAAACAACCGGUUCAGCGAGAGCUUAAUCUGCGCAACCCGACCACUCUCCAAUCUGCCUUUGCUUUGGCACGGGAGCUGUCCGCAUGUCAUCAAGAGGCCGCAGUGACUUUUGGGACGUCACAACGUCGCCCUUGGCCGAAUCGCCCACCACCGUCCUCUGCCAGCAUACUACCCACGCCACCACCCCAAACCCGCACAGCGCCGGGGCUACCCAAACCGCCGGACCGCCCUUUUCCCGGCAACCUUCCAGUCGUGACAGUCUCUCCGGCGGAAAAGGUGGAACGUAGCAAGAAAGGCCUUUGUUGGUGGUGUGAAGAAAAGUGGGACCGUAGCCAUAAUUGUCGUCGGCGUUUCUUGGCACUCAUGGGUCCGGACGAUGAAGAAGAACUGUCCCCGACCAGAGAACCUGCACCGGACAUGCCCGAUUCUACUGCCGUUAUCACGGGGGAUGUUUCGAGCAUUCAUUCCAUGUCGGGUAGCCCGAACCCCCGCUCUCUUAAAUUGGCAGGUUCGGUUAAUGACAAGGCAGUCCAAGUCCUUCUCGACAGCGGAAGCACGCACAAUUUCAUCCAUCCCGGCGUCGCGGAAUGCCUGUCCCUGGUGCUUCACCCUGUUUCGCCCUUCCGUGUCUAUGUGGGUAAUGGUGACUCGCUCCGGUGCUCUUAUAAUUGUCCUCGCACCCCGUUGUCCCUCCAAGGCCACCUCUUUGAGAUUGAUUUGUUUCUGCUUGAGGUUCACGGCCCGGAUAUUGUGCUUGGGGUGCAAUGGUUGCAAACGUUGGGUAAAGUUUCACAUGAUUAUGCCAAACUCACCAUGGAAUUUGUUUGGAACGGCGAAACCAUCACGCUACGGGGCGACACGCCGGAACCACGGUCGGUCUCUUUCAAUCGACUAAGUGCCAUGCUUUUGUCUUCCACUCCAGUGGACUUAUAUGAACUGGUACCCCCCAGGCAGUACAGCCACCGACAGUCCCCGAACCGCCCAAUUUUCCUGAGGAUCUACCCACGGCCAUUACUGCUCUUCUCCAGGCCCAUGCGGCUGUUUUUGGGACACCCACAGGGCUGCCACCGCCUCGGUUCUGGGAUCACCGUAUCCACCUCACACCAGGUACCCGUCCAAUCAACGUCCGCCCUUACCGUUAUCCAUACUUCUAGAAGACAGAGAUUGAAAGGCAGGUCCGAGAAAUGUUGAUCCAAGGGAUAAUUCGUCCAAGCUUGAGCCCCUUCUCCUCCCCGGUGCUUCUUGUCCGCAAGAAAGAUCUUUGUUUAAG